UCGGACGAAGCCGUGAAUACUGACGGGUGGCAGCUAUAAAGGACAGAGCACUUGCAGAGCCCACGACCGAGUGAGACAAUAACAGGAAAACCACCCGGGAGGGAGAAGCCAGACUCACCCUGGGCAGCUUUACAAGUCUUGACUCUAUUGGUCUGAGCUUAAACAGGUUCACAGCUGUACGUGCCGCCCUGCGUUCCUCACGCACACACCGGCGCACGGACCAACCUAAAACGGCACUGCUUCUUGGGUGGCUGAGGACUGGAACAAGGGAGGUGACCCAAAAAAUAUCACCUUCGGAAUCUUUCACACCACAUGGGACCAUCUGCCCGGGGCCUGAUAAUGCUGCCAAUGACAUGUCUGCUGCUCUUCGGACUGACACUCAGCCUGGCCUCUCCUGGCGCCAAGAGUGAGACCUCCUCCCUGUCACUGCAGAGACAUAAGCGACACUGGGUGUGGAAUUCUUUCUAUGUGCAGGAGGAAAGAGACCCCCCUUAUCAUUUUAUGAAGCUACAUUCAAAUAAAUCUAAUAUCUACACAAUAUAUAAAAUUGAUGGAGAUGGUGCGGGCAAAAUCUUCACGGUUGAUCCAUCUGGAGAUGUAUACGCCCAGGAGAAGCUUGAUCGUGAGAAAAAAAGCUCAUAUAGACUCAAAGCCAGACUUAUUGAUACUAGAACCAAUCAGCAAGUGGAUAAUGAAGAAGAAUUUGACAUCAAUGUCUCCGACUUAAAUGAUAACAACCCAGUGUUUCUACAAGACUUCAAAGGAUCGGUUGUGGAGAGAUCCCCAAAAGGAACCCUGGUGAUGACAGUGACUGCCACUGAUUACGAUGACCCAACAACUCCAAAUGGGAACCUUGAAUAUAAGUUAUUAAAUGGGACGGAUUUAUUCACCAUUGACGAAGGAGGUAACAUUAGAACCAGAAUCGACUACCUAGACCGUGAAAAACAGAGCAUGUACAAGAUUUCUGUCCAAGCCAAAGACAUGCCCGGCAUGAACUCUGGAAACAUUAACAGCACCACAGUGACAAUCAACGUGCUCGACAUCAAUGACAAUAUGGCAGUCUUCAAGAAAUCGAUAUAUUCGUUUAACGUUAAAGAAGAUGCAAAGCAAAAUUCCAAAAUUGGAAUCAUGGAACUAGAAGACAGAGAUGAAGAGCAGAAUAAAGACCCAAGCUUCACCGUUCUUGAAUUCCCUCAGGUGUUUAUGGUAGUUAAAAACCCCAUGAAAGACGGACUCCUCACUUUGAUGCAGGAACUUGAUUAUGAAAAAAAAGAUACAUACAACUUCGUAAUAGAAGUAAAAGAAAGUGGCAUCAGAGAACCAGCUGACAACCGACAUGAGAAUCUCAUUAAGAGGGCUGAGGUGAUGAUCAAUGUGAUCGACAUUGAUGAGCCGCCGCUGUUCACCGAGCCAAUCUACAACUUCAGCAUCAAGGAACACAGUCCCAUCAAAACCCUGGUCGGAAAGGUUUCAGCCAAAGACCCUGAUAGAGCCAACUUCGCCAUACAAUAUCACAUAGAUGACCAAAACUGUCCUAUUGCCAUCGAUCCUACCACCGGUGUAAUGACGGUUGCAAAAGAUCUGGACAGAGAGCUUGUUGAUCAACUCGAGUUCACUGUUACUGCUGUGGAGGCAAAUCCAAAAGGACUUAAAUCCCAGGCACUGGUAAAGGUUUUUGUGCUGGAUAUCAAUGAUAAUAACCCACAGCUAACUGCGGAAGGAAUGAUUUUUGCAUGUGAGGCUGACCCACCCGGAACAAUAAUAGGAAGAGUGAAAGCAACAGACAGAGAUGAACAUAAGGAAGUAUUCACUAUCCGGUUAGCAAAACCAAGUUACAACUUCACACUCACCGAUAACAAGGACAACACUGCCAACAUUACUGUGCGUCAUGGAGACUUCAACCAGGAUGACCCGCUGUACCAUCUGGUGGUGGAGGUGGUGGACAGCGGCUACCCGACCCGUAGCAGCACCACCACCAUCGAUAUCCCUGUGUGUAGCUGUGACUCCAACAGGAAGAAUUACUACUGCAAAGCGGCUCCGACCGCAAGUAACGCCAGCUUCCACGCACUUAUCGCCAUCAUCCUGUGCAUCCUCACUAUUCUCGUGAUUGUGAUCCUCUUCAUCCUGAGAAAACGUUGGCAGAAAAAAGCCGCGGUGAUCCUGGGCAAGAACGGAGAGAUUCACGAGCAGCUGGUGUCAUACGACGAGGAAGGUGGCGGCGAGAUGGACACCAACGGCUACGACGUCUCCAUCUUGAAUUCGGCGCGGAACGACGGCGCCGUGCUGCCUCCGCCUCCUGGCGUUUACGCCGCCGUCAAUAAACCGCCGGCGGUCAGGAGAGACAUGGCCACGAUGAUCGAGGUAAAGAAGGACGAGGCAGACCACGAGCGGGAUGGCGGCCCCUACGACACCCUCCAUAUUUACGGAUACGAGGGGCCCGAGUCGCUGGUCGGCAGCUUCAGCUCUCUGGAGAGCCGCUCUGACGACGCCAGCCUGGACUACGACAUCCUCAAUGACUGGGGUCCGCGCUUCAAGACACUGGCCGAGCUGUACGGAAUAGAACCUUCUGAAAAUCAAUACACGUACUGACUACAGCAGUAACUGUGAGGCUUUUUCUUUUCUUUUUUUUUUAAGAAAAAGUCAUUUCUAAUCAGUUUUCAGUUAAAGAAACAAAGCUUCACCACACCUGCCAGGAUAAAAUGCAGAAUGACACCAAAAUCACUAUGGAUCUCCCUGUCAACAGUGUGCCAAGUUUAAAUUAUGUGCUUAUCUCUGUCAUUUACUCCCAUAUCUUAAUUUUUUUAAUUCAAUUUUCAGUAUUCUCUUUGAUUUAAUGAUUUCUAUAAUUGUUCAAUGGAGAUCGUCCUGAAUUCUCACUGUCAGUAAAAUAAGCGAGAUAUUGGAUCUAUCAGUCAUUAGUUGUAAAAAAAACCCUUUUGGUUUUUCAUGAACUUAUGGGGGAAAAAAGCAGAAAAAUGUGAAUCUUGUGUGGGUUUAACAGACUUUUAAACGUUUUUUAUUUAUACCAGUAAAUGGUGGCAAAAUUAUACACACACAAUCACAUGUAAUUAAAAAGGACGGCCGCAUUUCCAGCAAACACAGAAAUCUGCAUGAAAUCAUGUUGCCUCCACCCUCAUAUUAAGUCAUUCUCAGUGGCCAUUUGCUUGUCUGGCGUUUGUCAUGAGCAGGUUGACCACAGUUUUGUCCGGAAACGCAUACAAUAGCCAUGGGAGCUUGGCAGGAAGCAUUGAACGCAGUGGAGUUGAAAGAUUUGUGGUCAAUUCCAGCUUUCUUUGAAAAAGCUCAUCAACAGUUUGGUUCUGAAGGACAAAAAAAAUUGUCUCUGAGGACCAUCAAACAAGAUUUUAAUAACUGUCACAGGAAGCAUUGACGGGAAAAAAAAGGUCUGUCGAGGACAGAAAUACAGUCUGAAUAACUUUAACCUUUACUCCGAGUGUUGAGAUCCAGCAAACCAUCGUUUUAUACACAAAGUGAAUGGAAUAAGGAAUUUAGCAAUAGUGGGGCACAGCAUUUUGUUUAUAUAUCGUCUACAUUUUGGAGGAAAAAAAAAAACAUUUUGUCUUUGAUCUAUAUAUUUUCUUUUAUUCUUUCGGGUUUAUUCUCUUGUUAGUUUUAUUUUAUUUUAUAUUGUAGUCUUUCACUACUUGGCGGUGUAAACCAUAGAUACAAUUUGUGGAAGCUUUGCCAUUCUGGUUGUAUACAGCGAGGCCCCGGGUCCCAUCCUCUCCAGCACGGAGCCUGAUUCGAAAAACACAAACAAAACACUGGAAUCAGCUUCCUGCAUAUAUGUGUUAGGAAGCCUGCUUCCUGCCCCGUUAUCUUUCGAGUCUGACACAUUGUAGCUAUUUUCCUGUUUUCUCCCUGGGAAAAAAAUUAAAAAGCAGUGUGAUAAAGUGUAACGCAAAAAACAUUCAACCACCAGCCCCUUGUUGUUAUAAAUAUAAAUGUAACAAAUAUGCUUAAUAUAAAUGUUUAAGCCCAACCAAGUUAAAAUUGUUUUUCAAGGACGCAAUAGAAUGGGUUGUUUGGUUUAAAAUCUUAAUUAAAGCUGAAUUUGCAGUGUUUCAUUGAUCAAAUAAAUAUGUUAUGUACUGACGUAAUUCUGUGACUGAUAGAAAGAAUUUGGUGUGUUCCUGUUACCGUGAUGCAAAUGCAGUGUUAAGUUUCCAGUGCAUAUAAAUAAACACAUCACACUCAGGCCGAUCUUUAAAUGAUGGAUUUGGGCAAUUCAUGUACCUCACGUCUUAAAUGAAAACUACUGAUUACUGAUACCCUCUGAAAGUAUGCCACCGCUUACAACCACAGCAGCCCCAGUGAAUUAUGGGUGUCGCUCAUCCAGGAAAUGGUGCAUACUGAGGAUUAUCAGCCGCCUCACUGCACGUAGACGCCGUGCCUGUGUGUCUGCUGUAUGUACUGUAAUUGCCCAUCUUUUCAGAAUACUUGACUGUACGUAUGUGUUCUCAUAUAUUUCCCCUGAGUCUCACCAAGAGAACUUUACCACCCGGUGUGUUGUGCGUGCUUAUGUAAGGAAGUGUCCCUUUCUUGUGAUCCUCAUGAAGAUUGUGUAACUUGGAAGAACAGCUUCCAAAAUCACUGUGUUUCACUGCUUCGUAAGAGCGAGAAAUGUGUGCCUUCUGUUAAAAUGACACCAUAAAUAUUUUUUGUAAUGUUUGCAUUGUGUAAAACUAGUUAAUUUUGAACUGUAAUUUUAUAUGAAUACAGUAUCGUUUCUAAAUAAACUUUACGGCUAAGUGAAAA